CCCAAAUAUGUAAUGAUGAUUGACUUAUGUGUUUGUGUAACACUGCUGAUGUUUGUGUUGUUCAGGGAGAUUCAGAAGGAGCUGCCCGUCCGUAAUUCCGUCCCCAUGAGCAGCGGCUCUGAGAUGAACAGCUCUGUAGGUCGUCCCAAGAAGAGGCGUGCUGGACGUCCACGCACCGCUGACGGUCGCGAUUACGACGCGGACUAUGCUUCUUCAGGAGACGAGCUGGACGAUGAGGACUUCUUCAGUGAAUUUCCUCCCAUUGUGAAUACUCAAGAGAGAGACGAUUACAAACACCUCUUUGACCAAGACCACCAAGAGUACAAGGACCUGCAGGCGGAGAUGGACCAGAUCAACAGGCGUCUGGCGGAGGUGGACAGAGAACUGGACGGCCUCCAGGAGGGAAGCCCGCAGUUCCUGGACGCCAUGGACGAGUACAACGCGAUCCAAGACCAAAAGAGGAGCGGCGAUUACAAGCAGAAGAAGAAGCGGUGCAAAUACCUGAAGGCCAAACUCAACCACAUCAAGAAGAUGGUCAGCGAUUACGACCGCAGAUCCUGAAGGUCAGAGACGGACAGUAUUGAGAGCGCUUCCUGUCCAGGCCUGAGUGCCUUCAUGGACAUUUACUAUUCAGAUGUGUGUUGAUCGUUGCAGUAUCUUCAUCGAAUCCUCCUUUAGACUAUAUUAAGAUGCUUCGUUAUUGUUCUUAAUGUGCCUCAUUAGCUGUUACAGUCGUUUCAGUUUAGUGUUUGUCUGUUUUU